GACUUCCACACAACAACACACUCGAACUUUUGGAAAUCUUUCGCCAGGGCGGCCCAAGCCCCACCAGCGGCACCGAUUUCUUCCUUCCCCUCCACGAUACCUCUCCUAACCCGCCGAACCUCGAAAACCACCCUCUCACACCCCCCCACGCCGCACAUAAAACCAGCAAUCAUGUUGAACGGCGAAGAUCCGCCCGAGCGGCCCGACUACAUUGUCAACAUCAUCAAUGGCCUCGAGCGGUACAACCCUGAGGCUGUCGUCAACCUCGAGUCCUACCUGCAGGAGCAGUGCGAGCAGAAGUACUGCGACUGCAAUGCGAACCGGACACUCCUGAAGCUGUACCAGCUCAACCCCGACCGUCUCAAGGAUGAGGUCGUCACCAACAUCCUCGUCAAGGCCAUGACCCAGUUCCCCUCGCCGCAGUUCACCCUCGCCCUGCACCUCAUCAACCCCUCCACCAUCGCCCAGGGCGAGCUCCAUGAGGCCGUCGCCAAGCUGCGCACCCUCAACAGCCAGCUCGAGGGCUCCCAGUACGCCCGCUUCUGGAACACCAUUGACGGCGAUGACCUCUGCGCCGACCUCAUUGCCGACAUCUCAGGCUUCGAGGACCUCAUCCGCAGCAACAUUGCCAACUCGAUCGCCCAGGCCUUCCGCGAGGUCAGCCUGUCCCAGCUCGAGUCGUGGCUCGGCCUCGACGGCGACGCCACCGCAAAGUUCGUCACCGAGGUUGCCGGCUGGACCGUUGGCGACAAUGGCGUCGUUACCAUCCCCAAGAACGCCGAGAACGAGGCCAAGAAGUCUGAGAUCAGGGAGGACGUCAACGUCGACAUGUUCUCGAGGAUUCUUCGCAGAUCAUGGGAGGAGACUGCGUAA